AUUGUUAGGUACAAAUAAAUUUCCAAUCUGCAUUAUCUAUUUAUAAUCCAAAGAGUAGUUCAAGUGCCAAAGGAACUUCUCCUGUAUCUCUCGGAGCGAGCAGGAAUUAUUCAGGCGGACCUGAAUCUUUAAGUGGACGGAUAAAGACUCAAAACACCUCGUGGUUUACCCCAAAACAAAAAGCAUUAUCUAUCUAUAUAAGGAGGCAAUUCAGGUGCUCAUCUAACAUCAGCUGGGAACCAAAUUAAAAUCACUUGAGAUUUGCGAAUUGAAAGCCAAGAAAGAUGUCAGAAGUAGAGGUGGUAGGGGGUCCGUUGAGCCCAUUCAGUUUCAGAGUGGAGAUCGCCCUUAAACUGAAGGGCAUACAAUAUGAUUUCAUACAAGAAGAUUAUCACUUCAACAAGAGCCCUUUACUUGUAAAGUACAACCCUGUCCACAAGAAGAUCCCCGUGCUGGUUCACAACGGGAAGCCCCUUGCCGAGUCUCUCCUCAUUCUUGAAUACAUUGAUGAGACCUGGGACACCACUGCCCCUCUCUUACCAAAAGACCCUUACCACCGAGCUCAGGCUCGUUUUUGGGCUAAAUUUAUCGACGAAAAGUGCGUGCCUGCAGCGAGGAAAAUAGUGUAUGGUGAAGAAAGCGAGAAGGCAAGAGACGAAAUGCAGGGGGCCCUAAAACUUCUGGUUGAUGAACUCAAGGGGAAAACAUUGUUCGGAGGAGAGAGUGUGGGAGUUGUGGAUAUCGCUGCGAUUGUGGUAGGGUAUUGGAUGGAUGUUCUUCAAGAGGCAGCAGGGCUGGAAAUACUGAGCAGAGAAAAACAUGCAAAAAUAUAUGAAUGGAUGGAGGCGUUAUUGAGUAAGUGCAGUGUUAUCAAGGAAAAUCUGCCUCCCAGAGAUAAAUUACUGGCCUAUUACCAGUCUCGUAUUGCCGGAAAAGGAACCCCUAUUCAUCACUGAUAUAUAAAUAAUGCUAUAUUAUUAUUAUUAUUAUUAUUAUUAUUAUUAUUAUUAUUAUAUUGACUAAUAAAAGGCUUAGCUGGCUGUACGUGUUAAUCCAUAAAAUAUAUAAAUUCUAUGCUUUUUAUAUAAGAAGUUAAGUUGU